AUGCCCCAACCACCUGAUCCCUCCACCCCAUCGCACGCCAUAACAAAGCAGAGCACCACGGCACACACACCUCCACACCGCCCCCCACGCAGUGCCGCGCCGCACUGCCGCCCUGCCAUCUCCCAUAACUCACUCGCCUCCGCACGCGCACCCGCCUCUGCCUGUCCCUCCCCCCAGCUCACUCGUGUCGUGCACGCCGUCCCCUCCCACCCCACGCGCCAAGAACUCGCAUUGCCGCCGCCGAGCCAGCCAGGGGAGGGGAGGAGCGGCCGCGGCAGCGCAGGGAGGAGGAGGAGCAGGAGAGCAGCCGGCGGCAGGAUGUUCGGGCGGGACCCCUGGGGCGGGCCGCUGGAGAUCUCCAACGCCGACUCGGCGACGGAUGACGACCGGAGCCGGGACCUGGACCGGGCGGCGCUGAUGCGGCAGCUGGACGAGACGCAGCAGAGCUGGCUCCUGGCGGGGCCCGGCGACCAGGCGGGCAAGAAGAAGAAGAAGUACGUCGACCUGGGCUGCGUCGUCGUCGACCGCAAGAUCUUCAUGUGGACCGUCGGCACCAUCCUCGGCCUCGGCGUCUUCAUCGGCUUCAUCAUGAUGAUCGUCAAGCUCGUCCCGCACAAGCGGCCCCCGCCGCCGCCGCCCGACCAGUACACGCAGGCGCUGCACAAGGCGCUCAUGUUCUUCAACGCGCAGCGAUCCGGUCCGCUGCCGAAGCACAAUGGCGUCAGCUGGAGGGGCAAUUCCUGCAUGAAGGAUGGCCUCUCCGACAGCACCGUCCGCCGGAGCUUGGUCGGAGGCUACUACGAUGCAGGGGACGCCAUCAAGUUCAACUAUCCUAUGGCCUGGUCCAUGACCAUGCUCAGCUGGAGUGUGAUCGAGUACAGGGCAAAGUAUGAGGCCAUCGGUGAGCUCGACCAUAUCAAGGAGCUGAUCAAGUGGGGAACAGACUACAUCCUCAAAACCUUCAAUUCAUCUGCCGACACGAUAGACAGGAUUGUCGCUCAGGUGGGUGUAGGUGACACCUCUAAAGGCAGCAGUCAGCCUAAUGACCAUUACUGCUGGAUGAGACCAGAGGAUAUCGAUUACAAAAGGCCAGUCACUGAGUGUCACUCUUGCUCAGAUCUAGCAUCUGAAAUGGCUGCCGCCCUGGCUGCAGCUUCCAUAGUGUUCAAGGACAGCAAAACCUACUCUGACAAGCUCGUCAAAGGUGCAAAAGCACUGUACAAAUUUGGCAGGCUGCAGCGUGGGCGAUACAGCCCCAAUGGAUCUGACCAGGCAAUCUUCUACAAUUCCACCAGCUACUGGGAUGAGUUUGUGUGGGGUGGUGCGUGGCUGUACUUUGCCACAGGGAACAAUUCAUACCUCACAGUCGCCACGGCCCCAGGAAUGGCAAAGCAUGCUGGAGCCUACUGGUUUGGAAGUCCAAACUAUGGAGUAUUUACCUGGGAUGACAAACUUCCAGGAGCUCAGGUUCUUCUCAGCAGGUUGCGACUCUUCCUAAGUCCAGGGUACCCUUACGAAGAAAUACUGAGGACAUUCCACAACCAAACUGACAACGUUAUGUGCUCAUAUUUACCUCUAUUCAAUUCAUUCAACUUCACUAAAGGAGGAUUAAUACAACUCAACCAUGGAAGGCCUCAACCACUUCAGUAUGCUGUCAACGCAGCUUUCCUUGCUUCUUUAUACAGUGACUAUCUUGAAGCUGCAGACACGCCUGGGUGGUACUGUGGACCUAAUUUCUACACCACAGAAGUCCUCCGCAAGUUUGCCAGGUCACAGCUUGAUUACAUCCUUGGAAAGAACCCAUUAAAGAUGAGCUACGUUGUGGGUUUUGGAAACAAGUACCCGAAGCGCCCUCAUCACAGAGGUGCAUCAAUACCUCAUAAUGGCGUCAAGUAUGGAUGCAAAGGAGGUUACAAAUGGAGGGAUACAAAAAAGGCAAACCCUAAUAUCCUUGUUGGAGCAAUGGUGGCUGGACCUGACAGGCAUGAUGGCUACAAAGAUGUCCGCACAAACUACAAUUACACAGAGCCUACUCUUGCAGCAAAUGCUGGUUUGGUUGCAGCGCUGAUUUCUAUAUCUGAUAUCAAAACUGGACGGUUCGGCAUUGAUAAGAACACCAUCUUCUCUGCAAUUCCUCCAAUGUUCCCAACACCCCCACCACCGCCAUCAGCGUGGAAACCAUAA